AUGUUUUUUUCAAUAUGCCUUAACCCACAAUCGCUUCGAAAACGUAGUGAUCAUCAAAAACAUAUAGGAGUGAUGAGACAACUUUCCGAUACAGACUGGCUUCAAUUAUGCUUUUUACAGAAGGCAAACAAAAAUAAACAAAGUAAAGCAACAGAUGAUUUAAGAGUUUCCACAAGAGAGAAUGUUUACAAAUUAAGACUUGCCAUCAACAAUCAUUCAUGCAUGGGUCGAAUGACUACAUUAGCAUUAUCAUCAGGAUCUUUAGUUAGCUACGAGAUUUUCAACGAGUUUGUUUUUUUAUCGAAAUUGUUUAGUAGCUGGAACAGAGUGAAUAUUUUCUGCUUGAAGCCAGUACGCCUGCCAUUGACCUUGCUUGGCACGGUAUUGGUACCAUACAUUUUCGGACCCAACUCUUCUGUUCCCACUCGUAAAAGGAUUAAAUUGACAACUAGUAUACAUCCAUGUCCUACCUGCAACAGAGAAUUCAAUUCUUAUCAACAUUUGGGAAAUCACCGCAGAAUCCAUUCUGUUAAUGAUCCUGCUGACACAAAUGAGGAUGUCGAAGGUGCAUUACCUAUGAACAACAAUGAUCCAUUGGCGUACUCUCUUAUGGACGCAGUUAGUGCUUCUCCUAUGCAUCAAGAAACACCAGCAGUAUCCAGCUUUGACGAGAACGAAAUUUCUCAAGCGGGAAACAAAGAGCUGGUAAGAUUGAUUAAUACGGUUAUUAGAGACCACGAUCAAAUAAUGGAAGAGCCAUGUGCCAAAGUAUCGCACGCUGAUGUUAUCAAUGCAUUAGGCAAGUCCAAGUUGAGUAUUCGAGGUUAUGAGUACGAAACUUGUAAAUACGGAUGCAAGCUUUUUGUGAUUGACGGUGAUGAGCAUACUUGCCCGCAUUGCAAUGAAUUCAGAAACAAGAAUCAGAAUAAUCCGGCACCUGCAAUAACCACCAUCAUCAUGUCCGUCGGUUAUAUGCUUGCACAAACUGCUUGCAGAAACAAAAAACGAGGGAUCUUAUGCAGAAUUUGUCAAUUCAAUGAGUUCUCCAAUCCAGAUGAUGUUCCUAUCGCUUUCUAUACUGAUGGUUUCACUAACCGCACCAAACAGAUGACAAUUCAAGCUAUUAUCCACGAAAUUACCUUCAACUUCUACCCUUAUAUUAGUCAUUUAUGCCUUUCCUCUAUAUUGCCAGGUCCAAAAAAACGAAAGGAUUUGGAUUUGUUUUUGAUGCCUAUUAUUAUGGAAUUGAAGGACGUCUUGGUUCAUCGGAUGAUAAUCAAACAAAACGAGGAAAGAUUUUGUGGAACUAAAGGACAGCAACAGAGAAUCGACAUGAGGGGGAUGACCUUGGACGAUAGUUUCGCAUCUUUAAGACCUUCAUCCGAUUUCAAGCAAAGCAAUCCUGCUACGAACAUAUAUCAGUCAAGCAUCUUCAAUGGAUUUCUUUCGUUUUCGGGUUCAUAG